AAGCUGCAAGCUCGCACCUAAUCAGUGGGUGAUAUCUACGCAAUGGCAGCAAGCAGGGGCCCUGGCAGAGAGACGCAGCAUGCGGCGGUCACUACAUGUACUGGCGCACUGGAGUGGAAGGAACCUUGUCGUUCCUACCGUUAUGCGCAGCUCUCUCCUUCCACACAGCAGAGCGGAGAACAAAAGAGAAGAAGCAGAAAUUGAAGAAGAAGAAGCCCAUGCUCUCUCGUUGUAGCGAGUGAGAACUUUGACCCUGUUCGACCCCUGUGUGAAGUAGGUUCCGGAGCGGACCAGUAACGUACACGGAACAAAGGAGAACAUGGCAGUUGGUACAUUACCCGUGCUUGUUCUCGUGGCGGCGCUCGCAAGUAGCGCGCACUCGGUCAGUCACUGGAGAGCAGGACAGUUCAAUCAGGAAUGCUCGGCUACGUGCGGAGACAACGGUGUUUACACACGCACCGUACGGUGUGCCGACUCCACGGGACGUACUAUACCCGACGCCCAGUGCAGUAGCCCUGACAAGCCCAGCCAGACAGCGCCGUGUGGACGGGUGCCAUGCGGGUCUGAACUUGGACAGACUACUCCUGCGCCAAUCCCGUGCACUGGAUCCUGCACCACAGCGCCAUCGACCACCGAGCCACCAAUCGGCUCCCAGUGGAGACUAAGCAACACGUACUCGCCAUGCUCGGUGACCUGCGGCGGAGGCAAUCGCACACGGGCAGUGCGAUGCGCAGACAGACUGGGCGAGACCAUCGACGACUCAUUCUGUGCCGGCACCGAGAAGCCGGUCUAUCUAGAGCCAUGUGCUGAGGCUUCUUGCAUGCCAUUCAUGGUGAACCUGACGGACUGGUCGCCGUGCCGACGGUGCGUGCACACGCGCUACAUGGAGUGCCGUCAGACAGACAUCGAGGGACACACGCGCACGCUGGGCAUGGAGCACUGCGGACGCAACGGCAGCCUGGAGCAGCGCUUCUGCGCACGACGCCGAUGCCGUGCCAUGUGGGUUCCCGGCCAGGCAGACUGCUGCAAUGAGUUCCUCUUGGCGAGGCCACAUCGCUGCAUGGAGUUUGGCGUGCCGAUCAGUGACUCCGUGUGCGAGUUCCAUGGCAUACCCCUGCCCAUACCGCGGGCAUGCACUACCACAGUCGUCUGCACAGACCGUAAGGCACCGCCAACACAGUCACCAACACCGGUCACUGCUGACGUUGGAGCUGCCCUGCCCGGACCGGGACAAGGUGUGUACCCGGGACCACAUGGUGCAAGUACUCAAACACCUAGCUCAGACGGUCCCGCAGCGGGUGAUCCCUCCGCGCCAGCACAACCAGCUCACCUACCGUUCCCCGGCCCCUACCCAAUGCCCACGUAUAGCCCACAGCAACGGCCAGUGUCCGGACCGACUUACCAACCACCCUUUGCUGGUGCCUAUCCCACUGCUCCGGGACCUGGGCACGGCUUCCCGGGUGAACAGCAAGCAACCGCCUACCCCGGACAGACUGCGCCGCCAGCCCAUGGCACUGCCACUGGGGAUGGAACCCAAGAGACACCGGUCACCCCAACCUCUCCUGGACAGCCCAUGCCUACCCAAUACCCUGGUCAGGUCCUUCCCCAGCCAACUUUGUACCCAGGACAGCCAAUGCCAGGCCAGCCAAUGCCAGGACAGCCGACCCUCUACCCAGGACAGCCACUGCCAGGACAGCCUACCCUCUAUCCCGGACAGCCAAUGCCUGGACAGCCGACCCUCUACCCCGGACAGCCAAUGCCAGGCCAGCCAAUGCCAGGCCAGCCAAUGCCUGGACAGCCGACCCUCUACCCAGGACAGCCAAUGCCAGGACAGCCGACCCUCUACCCAGGACAGCCACAGCCAGGACAGCCAAUGCCAGAACAGCCUACCCUCUACCCCGGACAGCCAAUGCCAGGACAACCUACCCUCUACCCCGGACAACCAGUGCCCGGACAGCCUACCCUCUACCCCGGACAGCCAAUGCCAGGACAACCUACCCUCUAUCCCGGGCAGCCAAUGCUGCCAGGCUAUCCGCAGCUGCCUGGCGACCAACAACAGCCCUGGCCACCGGUCCAGCCUGGCGACCACAUUGCCCCAAACCCUGGUGGCACCACGAAGUACCCGGUACCCGAUCAUCCGACAGCCGACAGCACUCACCCGACACCCGGGUAUCACACUAACAUGCUGCCCCCGGUGACGCCGAAGUACCCGGGAUUCCCGGCACCGUACCCGGCAUACCCUGGUGCUGCCCUGCCAGUCUUUCCAACACCGGAUCAGCAGCAGCCCGGCAAACAGCCCGCAGGUGGUGUGCCACCCAACCCGGGCGUGAACUAUCCGCAGUACCUGCAGCCCGGAACGCCACAGCAAGGCUCCGACACCGUCAAGCAAUUCUUCCCUGACCUCUAUCCAACCGCAUUCCCUGCCGGUGGUGAGGCCGCCGCAACAGAAUCCAAAACCAGUACCACUGACAGUAGCAAGGGUAAAGUUGCUGAUAAGAACUCUACAGCCUCCAAGCAGAACUCCACGGUUCUGAUCGGUGGCGGUGGCGGCCUCUACGGUGACACGCCCCACAACGAGACCAAGAAGACGGACACGUCUGCAUGUGCACCAGCCUAUCAGGCCUCGGUGCUGAUGGUGGUAUCGCUGAGCGCGCUGGUCGUCGUGGCCGAGACCCUGGUCUCCACGCUGGUGUUGUUCCGGGUCUGCUGAAAGCACCAGGAUGUACGCAUUCGACGCGAGUCGCGUUGUAUAUUGCGGAGCAUAAUGACAACAGUACGAAAAGACCACCACAUAGAGGAGUUGCUGCUUUCGUCACACAAUAAUUAUUGAGAUCAGGAGGGCUAGACAUCUCAGCAGCACUGACCAUGACUAUUCAUUGGAAUUCAUUGGGAAUCAAGACGUAAUAGUGUACUGCGAAGUAGCUGAAUUCUAGAAUUGUAAACCAAACAUUCGCGAAGUAUUCGGCAAAUAUACGCAACUUUAUGAAAUCAAGUAUAUGGACAUGAUAGUGCAAAUAUUUGAUUGCCUGUCUAGCGUACCGAUUUGAUUGCUGUAUUCAUGGCUUGUGUUGGUGACACGGAAAGAACCCCAGCAGCUUUCCAACUGCGAAUUUUACACUGCGAGCGAGUUGGAAUCUAAGAUUUACCUUUGCAGACUUCAUUCUCUGCUCCCCCUCUUGAACUGAAUACUAUAAUUAUUAUAUCAAACAGAAUAGCUUAGAUAACAAUGUUACAUGAUAAAACUAAUCAUUUUCCGUGCUGGCUACAUCCCAUCACUAUUGUUUAUCACUGGCAUUGAUGAAAAACAGCUAUACUGAUUUGUAAGUUAGCCGGGCGAAAAAUGCAUGCUUUCUCCUUCAUUUCUCAUCAACUGCUGCUUGUAUAUUCUUUUAAUUUAAAAAAAUUAUAGCAAGAGUAAUUAUUAUUGAUGAGCUUAGGAGCUUACUUGCUCUUGCGUAUACAUUAUGUAUAUUUUGCUGACCUACCCACUGUA